UUACCACACGUACUUCUUAAUUGCAGCAACAGCGUCAAUCGUAACAUAAUAUGUUUACUUGUCAAUGUAGUUGAUUACAGCGUUGACCAAACAAAACAAUAUUAUAACAUUAUUUACUGUAGUAAACAAUCAGAUUAUCAGUCAAAGACUCUAAAAGAAGUUCCAAGAAAGUCCUAAAAGUGUUAAAACAGAAAUACAUCACAACCAAAACAUAACCUUAUAAUGUCGGACGACGAUGAUGUGAUUCUUGUGAAGAAGUCCAAGCAAGUCCAUUAUGGGUCACUGGAGGAGCAGGAGAAGGCGAGGCUGUCGGCCCUCGCGGCCGCAGCCAAGGAGGGAGCCGAAGACAUGGGCGGGAAAGAGCUGGGAGACAUACAAAUAUCCAGCGAAUAUAUGGAACUUGAAGAAGAGAUGUCCAGAGAUAAAAAGGCUUUAUUAGAAGAGUUUGAGAGGAGACGGAAAGCUCGGCAGCUAAAUGUAUCCACAGAUGACGAUGAGGUGCGGCGCAGUCUCCGUCAGCUGGGCGAGCCGGUGUGUCUCUUCGGGGAGGGGCCUGCCGAGCGACGCGUGCGACUCAGAGACCUGCUCAGCUAUCUCGGAGAAGACGCUAUACACAAGAAGUUAGAAGAAGAAGAGGCUCGUAUCGAGAGGGACCGCGGGCGCGAGGGCACCUGGUACCACGAGGGGCCGCCCGAGCUCCGGGAGGCGAGGCUGUGGAUAGCGCGCUACUCGCUGCCGAGGGCUAAACUCCGGUUGAGCAAGGCUCGCGAGGAGCUGAAGCUGGCUGGCAGCGUGCGAGCAGCCGCCAAGCAGGAGUCACAGAGGAAGGCCUCCGCCAUGUCUAUAUACUGCAGUCAGAUUGGCGACACUCGACCCAUCAGCUAUUGCAGGUUUAGCAGCGACAGUAAAAUGUUGAUAACUGCGAGUUGGUCGGGCCUGUCCAAGGUGUGGUCUGUCCCGGAGUGUCGCGGGCUGCAGGUCCUCAAGGGUCACAAGUGCAACGUGAGCGGCGCCGCCUUCCACCCACAGGCCACCAUGCCGGACCACUUUGUCACCAAGCUAAAAGAACAGGCAGAGCAAGAGACGAAGGAAGAUGGCGAGGCAGCCAUGGAGACAGUUGAGGGGGGGGACCCUGAGGGGGGCUCGGAGGCCUGCACCAUGGCCACCUGCGCUUAUGACGGGACUGUGCAUCUGUGGAACUUUAAUAGCGAAUCCCCCCUGGCAUCGUUGGAGGGCCACAGCCCCUCCAGGGUCGCCCGCGUGGAGUUCCACCCGUCCGGCAGGUUCCUGGCGACCACCGUCUUCGACCACUCCUGGAGACUGUGGGAUCUGGAGACAGCAACGGAAGUUCUUCACCAAGAGGGUCACGCCAAGGCUGUGUACAGCGUAGCCUUCCAAGGAGACGGGUCUCUCGCGGUCACCGGCGGUAUGGACGCGUUCGGGCGCGUGUGGGACCUGCGCACGGGGCGCUGCGUCAUGUUCCUGGAGGGGCACCUGGGGCCCGUGCUGGGCGCCGACUGGGCCCCGCAGGGACACCAGCUCGCCACCGCCGCCGCUGACCAUCAGGCUAAGAUUUGGGACCUGAGGCGAAGAGCGUCAGUAUACACGAUACCCGCACACACACACUUGUUAAGCUCUGUCCGCUACCAGCAGAGCGCGGGCCACUUCCUGCUGACGAGCUCGUACGACGCGAGCGCCGCGCUGUGGUCGCUGCCCGCCUGCCAUCCGCUGCGCACGCUGCAGGGACACGAUAACAAGGUGAUGUGUGCGGACAUAUCGUUUGAUAACAAGUAUAUAGCGACCUGCUCCUAUGAUCGUACCUUCAAACUGUGGGCGCCAGAUCUCGCCUAGAAGACUUGAAUGUAAAUUAAACUAUUUUUUACUAUUA